UAGGGGGAUGCAAUGCUUUUGGACAGAGCUGUAUCUAGUUUGACGAGAUCAGUUGUUUUGCAGUGGAAAUAUUGCAUGCGGUUAGAUCUGAUCGCUUGAGUGAGUUUCUUAUUUUUUCAUUUCAGUUUCCUGUUCAUCUCAUUAAAGUCCCACACUGUUUCCUUUGAAAUGUCGCACUUAGUUCAGGCACCAAAGACAGCUUCUCUUCUCUGCCCUUUGAUGUGCAUUGAUCUGUUCAGCUGGGCGCCGUUUUAAUUUUUUGGGAGGCUUUUUUGUUUUGCUCUCCUGGUGUUUUCUUUUAGUUUGUUUUUUCAAUGAGAGUUCAGGAAUACUUGCAAACGUUUUCCGCUGGAGGUGUCCUGUGUAAGCAACCUGACACAUUUCAACAGAGAUCUCCAUUGAAGCCUCCUGCUGUCAAAUCUGCUCGCAAAAAUGCCACAGCUCUCCGCGUUCCUCCUUUUACUUCUGCUGGCGAGCAACACCAGCGCGGAUAACUCCACAACCGGCGCCCAGCAAGCCACACUGUCACCUACCGCCCCCCUGAGCACGGAUCCCGGCACACCAACCUUCGAGACAGGGGCUCCCACCUCGACCGCAGGGAAGAAAAUCCUUUCGGAGACGACCGGGACGUCAGCUGCCGUUCGCGAGACACAAGGAGCCGGUCAGAAACAGACUACCAUGAAAACUACUCGGCCUUCGAAGAAAGCAAACCACGCAGAAAUGCAGCCUGUCAUUUAUGAAGAGCUGGGUUCGAGCCGCACCACUGUAGUCGUGCUCCUGUUCCUCCUCUUGGUGGCGCUGGCCGCCUUGCUAGUUUAUUUCUACCACUGGCUCAACAGGGAGACGGAGGGAGGGUACACCUUCUCCAAGCUGUUUCCGGCGAACUCUACGGACGACUUGGGGGAGGCGCGAGGACCCUGGGCGUGGCUCAGCAGGGCGCGGGCUUUCUUUAGGGACAGACAGGGGAGCGGGGGAGAGGAUUUGGAGGCAGGGGGCAUGGAGGGUUUUGAUUUGGCGGCGGGGGCCUACCCGAACCGGGAUGGGGGAGGGGUCCUUUGA